AUGGCACAAAGAGGGAAAUUGAUUUUAUUAGAAGGUCUGGACAGAACAGGCAAAACCACACAAUGCGAAAGACUAGUUGAUAUUUUGAAAGAAACUAUGAAAAUAGAGAAAGUUAAACAGUUUAAAUUCCCAAAUCGUGAGAACGAAAUAGGUAAAUUGAUUAAUGGAUACCUUACAAACAGUUCUAAUAGUUUAAGCGACCAAGCAAUCCAUUUGUUAUUUUCUGCUAACAGAUGGGAAUCCAUCAACGAAAUAAAAAAUUUACUGAAUGAAGGUUACUAUGUGAUAUUGGAUAGAUAUGUGUACAGUGGUGUCGCGUACUCCCUGGCGAAGGAAGUUGAAGGGAUGGACAUCGAUUGGUGCCUUAAUUGUGACAAAGGACUAAUCAAACCAGAUUUAACAAUUUUUUUAACUAAUGACAAGACAAAUAAGGAUAGAGAAGGGUUCGGCGAUGAAAGGUAUGAGAAAAUUGCUUUCCAAUUGAAAGUUAAAGAAAAGUUCUUCGAAAUUUUCACAAAGAUUGACAAUUACAACCAAGAAACACAACAUAGCAGUCUUGCAAUAGUAAAUGUCACUAAUAAAACCAUCGAAGAAGUCACUGACCUGAUCGCCAAUGCAUCUAAAAAUAUACUAACGAACAAGCAAUACGACGUGAACUCAUUUUCCUACUUCUAG